AUGGGGGACGCCAAACCUGGCAUGUUCGAUGACUGCUCUAUUGCUUUCGUGCCCAGCAGUAGUUUGACUCCAAAGCUCAUAGGCGAUCUAUCCAGUAUUGUCCAGGAUAAUGGAGCCACGGUAUGCGAGCCGCGCCGCGAUGGCUCCCUUCCCAUUGAAAAGGUCACACAUAUCGUCUCCAACACGAUCGAUUUCACCCAGUUCACCGAGUCGCAAGCGAUCAUGAUUCCCGUCGUCACCACCGAUUGGAUUACUACAUCUAUUGCGCGCCGCAAACAGGCAAACGUACGGACCUUCUCGCCAGACCCCCGGAUGAUCUUCUCACAGGUUAUUGUAACCUGCGGCGAUCUUCCCAUCAUGGAUAAGGAAAGCAUCCUGGGCGCGACUAUGGCCCUCGGUGGGCAAGAGACAAAGGAUGCCACGCGCCUGACAACCCAUAUCUGCUCUUUAUCCAUGGAUCACCCUAAAGUCGAAGCGUCGCUUCAAAAGGGCUGGAAGGGCAAAGUGGUCCUGCCGCACUGGUUUGAUGAUUGCUUCAAGCUGGGCAAGCGAAUCGACGAGCGACCGUACCUUUUGCCUGACCCUCCGAUCUUGAGAUCGAACCCCGACGACUCACUCGAAAUACCUGCCAACCCCGAACUGGCUGGCGCGACCUCAGCAAACCCUCAGUCUCUACCUCUUCCCCCCAACUCUGAUGUUGUCCGGCCACCAGUCACGGUAUUCCAAGAUCGACGAGUGAUGCUCUCGGAAGACCUAGGGAUAACCCUCCGACUCAGGAAAGCCAUCGAAGACAUUAUUGUGAACGGAGGCGGAAAAUUCGUCACUGACGUCUCGGAAUGCGAUACAUUCAUUUGCCAAUAUCGAGAUGGCGAGCAGUUUGUGCGCGCAGGACAGUCAUGCAAGGACGUGGGCAACCUGUCCUGGCUCUAUUAUCUUAUUAUUCGAAAUGAGUGGUCUUCUCCGCUACAUCGUCUGAUGCACUAUCCUAUCCCCAGGAACGGCAUCAAGGGAUUCGAGAACUUGCGGAUUACGGUCUCAAACUACGGCGGAGAGGCUCGGAUCUACCUCGAAAAUCUUAUCAAGGCAUGUGGUGCUGAGUUCACAAAAACCAUGAAGGCGGAUAACACACAUCUCAUCACGGCACGGAACACGAGCGAAAAGUGUAGGGCAGCACCGGAAUGGGGCAUCGCAGUCGUCAACCACCUUUGGAUCGAGGAAUGCUAUGCCAAAUCCGAAAUGAAGCCCUACAACAUCAAGAAAUACAACCACUUCCCUCUGCGAACGAAUCUAGGCGAGAUUAUUGGUCAGACCUUCUUCGAUGAAUCACGGCUGCGGGAGCUUUACUACCCAGGAGGCGAGGAGCACAUGUCUCCACGAGCGAAGCGGAAGCGGAAGAUCCUGGAAGUUGCCGAGGACAACUCUUACCGUCACGGACCAGCUGAAGGCGUUGUUAUCGGUCAACCAGACAAAGAGAGAGAGCCAAAGAAGGUGGGGGUGGAAGCUGCUGCAACUCCCAUCAGACCCCGACGGGCAGCAUCAGGAAAGGAAAACGACACACCAUCCGUCAUGUCCACGGGAAGCAGAAGCGCCAAGGCCAAGGCUCGGGAUAUCCUGCACGACAUUGCGCCCGACAUUGCUCUCUACGAGAAGGAAAAGAAGAGGCAUAGCAAAGCUGGAAACGCCCCUUGGGGGGGUAAACGCGCGGCGGACCUCACUGAAAAGGAGAAGUUGGAGAAACAGGCACAUACAUCCAGUCCAUCACCAGAGGAAGGCGACGCAGAGGAACGCAAGCGGCCAGCUAAGAAGGCAAGACCAUCGCUUCCGGAUGUCGAAUUGCGCAUAGUCUUGACCGGCUUCAGCUCUUGGGUGGGGGAUAAAAACAGAGAGGACAAAGACAGGAGGAAACUUCGAGAUCUGGGUAUUCAGAUUGUUCAGGAGGGCCAACCAUGCGAUUACCUGGCUGCACCGAAUAUUGUGCGGACAGUCAAGUUUCUGUGUGCUUUGGCGCGCGGCCCAACAGUCAUCUCCUCCGACUUCAUACAGAAAACCUUGGAGGAUGGCGCGGUGCCUCCUGUAGAGGAUUACAUCCUCAAGGACGACGAGGCGGAAGCACGCUUUGAUAUGAGCCUCAAACGCUCGAUUGCAAGGGCCAAGGCCAACAAGGGCAAGCUUCUCCAGGGGGUCGGCAUAUACUGCACCGAAAAAAUCCGCAACGGGAUUGAUAGUUAUAAGGCCAUUGCGGAGGCCAACGGUGCCAUCUUCAAGAUCUAUCGGGCACGCAGCGGCACAACAAUCAAGCCGACCACCGCAGAGGAAGAUGGCCAUGCACCACCCGAGCCCGUCUACCUCAUCAGCUGCGCCAGCCCUGAGGAGAAGCAGAUGUGGGCUCGAUUCAAGGACAUGGCACAAAAAGGCAACAUGGAACCACGAGUAGUGGCGCCAGACUGGCUGUUAGACGUCGCAAUGGCGCAACAAGUCAGAUUCAACGACAAGUUCCUGGCCGAGAACUUCUUCCAGAACGACUCGUGA